UUUCUCUUCGCUCUGGCAGCAGGAGAAUUUUUCAGCUGGAGAGAGAGCCCUGCCCUCUCAUUUUUAUGCGCAUGCGCAAACACACAUUGUGGGGGUCGGACGUCGUGCAACGCUCCCUUGUUGCCUUCCCUACUUUUGUCCUCGUUUGCAGUUGUACGGAACUACUUGGAUUGUUUUCUCUGCUCGAACACACCCUGCAACCUUUCCAGCGCCGACUUCACUUGUCACGUAAGCCGAGGCCGUGAGACCACGCCCUGCCACGAGCAGCAGCACGCAACUUCUACUAGAGCGAGCGACAGAGCCAUGAUCGUCACGAAAAGACUGCUAGUAGCUAGUGGAGGAAUUGUUCCUACUCUCCUGCAGUCACCAGGCUCCGCAGCCAGCCUCCAAAAUCGUCAAUCCCUCUCGAAUAUCUCCGUUCGGUAUCUUUCCAAGCGACGAGGACUCCAUGAUACUGGCAGAAAAUCAGGAAAAAAGGGACCCCGCCACUAUGGCCACCCGCUCCCGCUUGGACCUGAGCUAUCUCCCAGUGAUACCAACACGAGUCCUCUCUCUCCAGCGGCUCUCAUUGAGAUAUACAACAGAAAGAGGGAGAGUCUGACAGUUGAGUUGAAUCAUCAAGAUGUACCGUCAGAAGCCGUCUUCACCAACAGCGAGAUCUCUCUGAAGCACAUCGACGUGUACGGGUUUGAUUUCGACUACACUCUACUCCAGUACACCCCCGAGCUACACAGACUCAUCUACACCGCAGCCUGCAAGAGACUCGUCGACAAACUAAGUUACCCUCAUGGGAUAGAAGACAUGGACUAUGACCCUGACUUUGCCAUUCGAGGUCUUCACUGUGACAUAAGUCGAGGUCUGCUCAUGAAGAUCGAUGCCUACAACCACAUCCACCUCUCCUCUGUCCACAGAGGUCACCAGCAGUUGUGUAAAGAGGAGGUGCUGGAGCUAUAUGGAGGGUCCCACAUCCCACUGCGGGUGACGGAGGACUCUGCGACGGGCAGCAGUCCCCACAGGAGCUCACAGAUGGUCCAGUUCCUGGACCUCUUCUCCAUACCUGAGGCCACCCUCUUUGCCAAUGUCAUGGAGUACAUUCACCACAGAGAAGGGCAAGCCUUCUUACCAAAGUUCCUUUUCGAAGAUGUUCAGAAUACGGUGAAAGAGAUUCACACAGAAGGUCUCAUUCAUGAUGCUAUAAUAGAGGAUAUCGAGAGGUACACUAAGGUGACACCGAGAUUACCGGAGUACUUGAAUCGUCUCAAGAAUGCCGGGAAAAGGCUUUUCCUCAUCACCAACAGUCCUUACUGGUUUGUGUAAGUGACUCACAACCUCUCAAAAUGAUGGUAGUGUUUGUGUCGAGAAUGCACUGUUGUAUGCACUGAAAAAGAAGUUAAGAAUCAUGCAUAUAGGCUUCCAUAGUUGAAGUCAAGACUGCUUCAUGAAAAUCAGACAAAGCACAAGAUCAAAUCCUUUGUCUCUUUCACCCACCCUCUAUAGUAAUGCAGGAAUGACGCACGCAUUAGGUUCUCCCUACUGGAGAGACCUGUUCGACAUUGUCAUAGUCCAGGCCAUGAAACCAUCCUUCUACUCCAACUCUGACAGACCAUUUCGUCUGCUGAAUCCUCGCUCCAUGUCCCAGACGUGGAGACCGGUGUCCAGUCUGGAACGAGGCCAGAUCUACAUCCAGGGAAACGUGGGAGACUUUAUCUCCAUGACUGGUUUGCCAGGCGCUAGGGUCCUCUACUUUGGAGACCAUGUCUUCAGCGACCUUGCUGUGAGGCUCCAAGCCCAGCCAGUUGUUUGGAUUGCUCUGAACUUAGGCUUUUUGUUUGUACUUUUAGCAAGCACAUGAAAGAAAGGACUGACUAACCAACCAUCUGUUAUACAUUGACUAUAGCUAGAGGGUGCAGUGCAACCGCUUCUGGGAGCGACUAAAAGUGGCCCUAAUUAGAAUGAUAAUACCUGCUUGUCGUAUAUCUGAAUGACUUGCCGAGCAUGGCUGUUUGUAUGAGAUUAUUCUCUCCUCUCUCUUUCCUGUUAAAAGGAUCCCAUAAUGCAGCUUGGCUGGAAGACUGGAGCCAUCAUACCUGAACUAGAGGCUGAGAUGAAGAAGGCAUUUUCGCCUGCAGCAAAGCGUUACCUUGCAGAGUUGCUGGUGCUGGAAAACAUGCUCAAAAAUUACCAGGAGCACAGCAGACCGGAGUUGGUGGCAGUGAUGGAGGAUUGGAAGCAGAGGCGAACGGAGGCCAGACGCCACCUCAAGACCAUGUUCAACCCUCGUUUUGGCAGCGUGUUCCGCACAGAAAAGUCCCCAACCUACUUUAGUCUGCGGCUCUCUGCCUUUGCUAACCUCUACACUGCCUCGGUGGACAAUCUCAUGAAUUAUUCAUUAGACUAUACGUUCAUUCCUCGCAGGACAGCGCUCCCCCAUGAACCUGACUUAAACUUUGACCUGGACAUAAGACUGACUGACCCAGACUAGCAACAAUCCACUUUGUAUAUAUACUUUCAGAGACUCUGAAAUAAAAGUCUCAACUACCCAUCCUCAGCAUAAUUGCAUCAUUCAAGUUCAUUUUUUGUAUAUACAUCAAUAUCAUUACUGUAUACGGCCGG